UUCUUGGCGCUGAGGAUUUGUUUACAUUAAAUAAAUACAUGGAAAUUAAAUUAUUUCACGCAUAAUAAUCCCAAUUCUACGUGCUAUUAAUUGAAUUUUUAAAUACCAUUAACAUUGAAAUAAGCUGCGGCAUUUUUAAGUAGGUAAACAACAAGCGAUUUGGUUAUAAUAAUAUUCAAAAUAAGACAUGUCUACAUUUUCAGGUCUUUUCCUGAUUCAUGUGAAGUGUUAGCUUGCCACAAAACUAGAAUGGCGAAAUGGUCCUGGGGUGUGUUCAGCAAGCUCCUCCAGCUCCAUAACCUGGUGCGCCUAUCAAUAGGAUUGUCAACGCUGGCAUUCUUCUUAAACUUUGGCAGCUUCAACUAUGACCAUAUACCAUUAGACGAAAUAGACGCCAACUUAUACAAACAUGUCAAUCCGAACUUAAAGCUGGACCCUAACAAGCCAGCAUGUGAUUACGGGUUUAUACACGAGCCAGAUGGGCCUAUGCUGGAGAUACCGACGAGUUACGAUGAGUUCCUGCCGACGGGCAUCGCGAACGGGAGCUUCCUGCCGAGCCACUGCAACCCGCAGCUAAGCGUGGCUCUCCUCGUGACGUACAGGAAGAGACAGAAACAGUUGGACAUAUUCCUGCCUUACAUUCACAACUAUUUGAGGAAACAGAAUAUUCAUUACAAAAUAUUCCUGAUCGAACAACAAGACGACGCACCGUGGAACAAGGGCGCCCUCUACAACAUCGGUGCUCGCCUCGCCAUGGACGAGCGGUUCCCGUGCCUGAUCCUCCACGAUGUGGACCUACUGCCCCGGGACCCCCGCAACCUGUACGCGUGUCUGCAGCAGCCGCGGCACCUGUCCGCCAGCGUGGACCGGCUGCGCCACGUGCUGCCCUACUGGUACCUGCUGGGAGGCGCCGCGGCCGUACGCGCCGAUCAAUAUAAGCUGGUCAAUGGGUUCUCAAACUUAUUCACCGGGUGGGGUGGAGAGGAUGACAACUUCUCGUUUAGACUGCUGGAUAAUAAUCUGCAGAUACUCAGGUUCCCAGAGCGCGUGUCCCGCUACGCCAUGCUGCCGCACGUGAAGCAGGCGGCGGUGAACCCGCGGCGCGCGGCGCUCCUGCGGCAGACCAUCCCCGACCAGCGCCACGACGGACUCAACUCCGUCAAGUACAUAGCCAUGGAGGUCAAGAAGUAUAGGCUGUAUACGCUGAUUGGGGUGCGGUUGUGAAAGCAGGGCUGGGAAAUAGGAUUUAAGGGUAGCUAAUUAAUCAUCGUCGACAAUCACGACAAUGAUUAAUAUUUAACUAAUAUUUUUAUUUUUUUAUGUAAACUAUUUCAUAAAAAAAUAAAAAUAUUAGUUAUGUAAACUAUUUCUACUAUCUUUCUAUUUAUACAUGGCUCAAGCAGAUCUUGAGUGAGAAUAUGAAACUAGUCAUUUACAGGGGUACUACCUAGGUACUGGAUUAGUUAAUAGUGUGAAAAUGUGAUUUUUCUUUUGUGUAAUACGUAAAUGCAAUAAGUACAUAUAUUUUGUAAGUAUUUAAAAA